UCGUUUGAGAUUCUUCCAAGAUGUAAAUUAUCUCUUACAGGUUAACUUAUUCUUCUUGGUUCGGAUCAUGUGGGUUCUAAUAACGAAACUGAGAGCUGCCACUACGACUGAGCAGAAGCAGUACAGGAAAGCCGCCAAGGCUCUUCUUGUCUUGAUCCCACUACUGGGAGUGACUUAUGUUCUGGUCAUUGUCACCCCGACCCAUAGGACAGCCCGAAUAAUCUUCACCUAUCUUCAAGCCACGUUGCUUUCGACUCAGGGUCUGACGGUUUCUAUAUUGUAUUGCUUCCUGAACGGUGAGGUUCGAAACACACUCCGCCAGCAUCUGCAGCGUUGGAAAGCCUCUCGUUCUUUGGGCGGUUCCACCCGUUACUCCAUGACUUAUCGGUUCUCAAACAAUCGGAAAAGCUCUCGGCUCACUACUUGCGGAAGAGGAGAAAAACUGGACCUCAAAGAAAGUGAAACAAUCACUCUCAGGGAUCAGAGCAUUAUAACUUCCGCUACAGGAGAACGGCUCAGAAACGGAACUUGUAGCCGAGGAAAUACAAAGGACGAAGUUGAUGUUUAAACUUUUAAGUAUAGUAUACCAAAAAUUGAAGGGAAUUAAAGACGGUGACGAUCGUAAAUAUAUUAAAAGUCUGACGUACUUUCUCUACUGUACACUUUCUAACUUAUAUUUAGUUGCCGAGGUAACGUAGUGUAUAUAAGUAAAUGAAAUGCUUUUGAAAUAGUUAGACAUAUAAAUUAAUAUCAUCCAUCUUAAAAUCUAGAAAUGCUUUAAACUUAAGAAAAUUAUUUAUAUGCUUGUUUAAUACACAUUGAAAAA